AUGGCGACUGUUGAUAUCCCUACAAAGCAAAAGGCCGUUAUCUUCGACCAGCCUGGUACGAUCUCGACCAAGGUUGUGGAAAUUGAUGUGCCAGAGCCUGGUGUUGGCCAAGUUCUCGUUAAUCUCACUCACUCCGGCGUAUGCCACUCCGACUAUGGAAUCAUGACCAACACCUGGAAAACGCUCCCAUACCCAACUCAGCCCGGUCAGGUUGGGGGUCACGAAGGUGUUGGCAAGAUCGUCAAGCUCGGUGCAGGCACUGAGUCCUCUGGUCUGAAGAUUGGCGAUCGGGUCGGUAUUAAAUGGGUUUCCAGUGCUUGCGGAAAUUGCCAGCCCUGUGGAGCGGGAUCCGAUGGGCUGUGCUUUAAUCAGAAGGUCUCUGGCUACUACACCCCAGGAACGUUCCAACAGUACGCCCUGGGACCAGCUAACUAUGUGACACCCAUUCCCGACGGCCUAGAUUCUGCCGAGGCUGCACCCAUGCUCUGCGCUGGUGUGACGGUCUAUUCAGCCCUGAAGCGUAGUAAUGCCCGCCCUGGCCAGUGGGUUAUCAUCUCCGGCGCUGGAGGUGGCCUUGGCCAUAUUGCAGUACAACUCGCCAGCAAAGGGAUGGGUCUUCGCGUUAUUGGCAUCGACCACGGCAGCAAAGAAGAGCUAGUCAAUGAGUCUGGAGCAGAGCACUUUGUCGACAUUACACAGUUCCCCAAGGACGAUAAUGGCGCCGCCCUGCAGAAGCACAUCAAGUCUUUGACAGAGGGACUAGGCGCCCAUGCUGCGAUCGUAUGCACGGCUGCAAAUGCAGCGUAUGCCCAGGCUUUGCCGCUGCUGCGCUUUAAUGGCACACUAGUUUGUGUUGGAAUGCCUGAGCAUGAGCCACAACCUAUUGCGACCGCGUUCCCGACUUCUUUUGUCAAUAAGCAAUACACUGUGACUGGCUCUGCGGUCGGAAAUCGUCAGGAGGCCAUUGAGACGUUGAGGUUUGCUUCUCGUGGCAUUAUCAAGGCCCAUCAUCGGGUUGAGAAGAUGGAUGCUCUUACCUCGGUGUUCCAGGAGAUGGCCGAAGGCAAGCUUCAAGGUCGUGUUGUUCUGGAUUUGUCUGGUUGA